GAACGAUGUUCUUCUGUUUUACUAUAGAGCAGAGCCAGCUGAGCCACGUCGCGCCGUGCCAUGUUUCGCAAUGCCCUAGGAAAAACCUUUCGAUUUCUCGGGUAUGCUGUGCAGUAUGGCUGCGUAGCACACUGUGCCUUUGAGUACCUUGGAGGAAUUGUUGUGUGUUCUGGACCUUCAAUGGAACCAACAAUUCAAAAUUCUGAUAUUGUCUUUUCGGAGAACCUUAGCCGACACUUUUAUUCCAUUCGGAAAGGAGAUAUUGUAAUUGUGAAAAGCCCGACUGACCCCAAAUCAAAUAUCUGUAAAAGAGUAAUUGGCUUGGAAGGGGAUAAAGUCUGCACAAGCAACCCUUCAGAUUUCCUUAAGACUCACAGCUUUGUGCCUAAAGGACACGUCUGGUUAGAAGGUGAUAAUCUGAGGAACUCUACAGAUUCCAGGUGCUAUGGACCUGUUCCUUAUGGAUUGAUAAGAGGACGCAUUUGUUUUAAGAUAUGGCCUCUGAAUGACUUUGGAUUUCUACGUGCAAGCCCCAAUGGCCAUAGAUUUCUUGAUGACUGAAAGAAUUAAAUGACUGUUGCCAGCUUGCAUAAUAUUUUCUACUGAAAUCAAUGGAAUUAUUUUUGUUUAGAAUAAACACAAGUGUGACUUGACAAGGA